AUGUUCGCCACUAGCCGUAAGGAAAUUACAGCUGUACGGGGAAACUCUGCAAGAAAGGCAGCACCAGCCACAACCCAUUCAAAGCCUAAAGGGGACAGUCAUGCUUCAGUGGCCAAGGGAAGCCUCAAGGCAGUGAAAGAAAUGAAAGCCAUAAUCAUAGACAUUGGCACAAGCUACUCUAAGUGUGGCUUUGCAGGGGACCCCUGGCCUUCCCACAUAAUUUCAUCGACAGUUGGCAAGCACAUACAGGACACUGCGGCUAAGCGAAAAGAAACCUUUGUUGGCAGAGAGCUUCAGAACACCAGCAUACCUUUAGAGCUUAUCAACCCAUUAAGACAUGGUAUAGUGGUGGACUGGAACUGUGUCCAAGAUACUUGGGAAUAUAUUUUCCACACAGAGAUGACGAUUCAGCCAGAGAAUAAUGCUGUUCUGGUGUCAGACCCACCCCUGAGUCCUACCACUAACAGGGCGAAAUAUGCUGAAAUGAUGUUUGAAGGAUUUUGCGUGCCUGCUAUUCACAUUGCCUACCAGUCCCGGUUAUCCAUGUACUCUUACGGAAGAACCUCAGCUCUUGGGGUAGAGAGUGGCCAUGGUGUUUCAUAUGUGGUUCCUAUCUAUGAAGGCUAUAUCAUGCCUAGUAUUACUGGGAGAGUAGAUUAUGCUGGCUUGGACAUCACAUGUUAUCUCAUGAAGCUACUAAAUGAGUCUGGAAACAAGUUCACAGACGAUCAGCUAAGUAUAGUAGAUCUUAAAGAAAAAUAUUCUUACACCUCUCUGGACCUUGCGCAGGACUUGAGGUUGCCUCUUAAGAAACAACAACUUGAUUAUGAACUGCCGGAUGGACAAAUCAUCACCAUAGGCAAGGAGAGGUUCCUGUGUGCUGAAGCACUCUUCAGCCCAGCCUUACUUUCCUCACAGGAGCCAGGGCUUUCACAGCUGACAAUGACCCAUCUCAAGAAGUGUGAUGCUGACCUCAAGAGAAGAUUGGUGGGGAACAUCUUGCUGUGUGGGGGCAGCACUAUGAUGGCUGGUUUUGCUGACCCCUUCCAGAGUGAACUGGCCUGGAUGUGCCCAAAUGACCACUUCACCAUAGCUGCAUCCCCUCAAAGGAUGUCUUCUGUCUGGAUUGGUGGGUCUAUUUUGGCCUCACUCCAAUCCUUCCAGGAGCUCUGGGUUUACAGGAGGGAAUAUGAAGAACAUGGUCCUUCCUGCAUUUUUAACAAGUGCUUCUGA